UUUUCCUCGUGCCUGUCUGCCCCACCCCCUUUGCCGGAAACAUGCGGAAGUGUUGGCAGGGUUGGGGGGCGGCUCCCAGGGGGCCUUCUUCUCAAUCUGGCCCUGCCCCCCCCAUGUGGUCCUCCCCAUCUAGCGCCUCCCAUAUCAGAUCCAGACGACGGGGAAGUCACUCCAAGCAGCCUGUUGUACGAGUGGGAGGAAACGCGGUCUCAGGCUUCAGUGGUCACAGUGGCAGUGUCCGUAAGGAAGCUGUGCCAGGCUCAGACCACCAGCUUCGAGGCUGCAGAAUUGUUCCUGACGCUGGUAUUAGAGCUCCAGGGACUCUCCCCAGAUGAGCUGCUGGAACUCUGGAGACAAUCUUCUUUUAAAUGCCGGGACAACUGGCAGCCGCUGGUGGACGCCCUGCCCUCCUGUGGCACCGAGCCCUGUGUGGGCCUCAUGAAGGACCUCAUCCUGUCCGGAGAGGUAGAGGUGGACGAGAUAGAGGCGUGGCUCUGGUCGCUGGCCUUCAUCCCACAGCCCACAGAUGCCAUGGUCCACACGCUGCUGCCUCUCCUGCAGACCCCGGGGGCCAGCCCCAGCGCCUUUCUGGGCAUCUCGGCCCUGGCGCACAACCUCUGUGCCUCUCUGGACGGGCCCUGCGGACGUCUGCCUGGUGUCGGCUCCCUCGUGAGGAUCCUGGGAGAGGCCUUGGAUGCCAACUGCACCCUCCAGGAGCCCUCGGACACUGACCAGGUGAGGGAGACCGGCAUCCUGGGCACAGCCUGUGCCACGCAGCUCGUGCUGAAGGCGAUUGGCAACGCGGGCCUGGCGGCCGCCGCUCUCACCCCUGCUCUAAGCGCUUGUGCGUCCGAGAGGAGCUGCCCCCCUGAGGUCCGGCUGGGGGCCAUCCAGGCCUUCCGGAGAGUUCCCUGCUCUGCGGACCGAUCUGUGCUCUCCCGCCUGUACCAAAGCCCCGAGGAGGACACUGAGAUCCGCAUCAAUGCCUACCUGGCCCUGAUGAGGUGUCCUGGCGAGGAGGUGUUCGCCCAGGUGCGGCGCACCCAGGCUGGCGAGCGGUCUACCCAGGUGGGUUCCUUUGUGUGGAGUCAUCUGCUGCAGCUGCUGGAGACCGAUGACCCUCUGAAGCGCGCUCUCCGGGAGACCCUCCCCGAGGACAUCCUCAGCCAGGAGUUCCAUCCGGAGGCCUGGAAACACUCAUCCUAUUCUGACAUCACCUUUCGCUCAGUGUCUGGCAGCCUGGGAGUCAACCUGGAGCGGACCCUUCUCUUUUCUCCAGCCUCCUUCCUCCCCCGUUCCGCCAUGACUAACCUGACCAUCCACGCCCUAGGUCAUGCCUUCAACUUCCUGGAGCUUGGCCUCCGGCUGGAAAAUGCAGAGAAAAUCGUCCACAGGCUGUUCGGCGGGAAGUCGUUCUGGGGACAGGAAGAGGAGGGAGAGGCCCAAGCAGAGAAGUCCCCAGAGCCAGAAGCAGGGUCCACCCCACAUGCCAGCAGCCCUGACUGUCCGGGAGAAAGGUACAGAAAGGUGACCCGGAGGCGCACGGAGAGGCGGGCGCUGCGCUGUGAGCUGAGCGUGAAGGUGUUCGGGCAUGAGCUGAGCGUCAUGAACUGCGGGGUGAUGGGGAGUCGCAUGAGUCGCCAGUCCUUGAGCCUGGCCGAGCUGGCAGUCAAGCUCCUGAAGGGGCAGGAGGUACAGGUGAACCGGAGGCUGAACCUGGCCUUGGAGGAGCUCACCUUCCCCACCAUGUCUGGCCUUCCAGCCCGGCUGACCCUAAAUGCCUCGGCUGCCAUCAGCGUCCGAGUGCGAGGCACUGCCAGCUUCCAGCAGCCCCUGGAUUUCUCCGUGAAUGGUUAUGUCAAGCCCAGUGCCCUGCUCCGGAUCUCAGCGCAGAUGGGCACGGUGGGUGCCCUGGGGCAGGCCGGGCUGAGGUGGGUGACCAGCAUCCGGGGCACCGCCAGCCUGGAUGGCGGGAUCCAGGCGAGGAAGAGUCGAGACCUCAAGGUGCAUCUGAACACGCCCGAGGAGCCUGUGGAGCUGCUCAGCCUCAGCUCUAAGCUGUACCUCGUCACCGGGGAUGGCGUGAAGAGCCUCAGUAAUGCCCGCAGCCCUUCUGAGGCCCAGUCCUGUACUGACAAAGAAGGGUCCCGCACCUGGGGCUGGCAGCUGUGCACAGAGGUCACCUGGCCACCAGCUGGUCAGCCCUCCCUGCUCUCGCUGCCUGUGUUGGCGGCUGUGACGCUGAAGAAGCAGGACCAGGGCCUUCAGCAGUACCUCCUGGAAGCUGCUUAUACCUUCCACCCCCAGAAGGACGGCUGGCUCCCUCGGGAAGCUUCGGCUCAUGUCUUCAUGGGCACGCCCAAGUCACACGUGCCCAGGGACGUCGGGGUGGACGUCAGCUACAGCUUGCCCCAGGGGAGGUUCCGGCUCAAGCUUCUGCAUCUCAGGAAGAAAUUGGAGCUAGACGGAAAGAUCGAGACUCUCCAGAGCGGCCGCGUGGGUCACCUGGAGCUGAUAAUGGACGACCGAGACGUCUACUACAUCAAGGGCCGGAGUGACCUGUGGCCAGCAGCUGGCGGUGAGCCCCAGCGGUUUGAGGCCCAGCUGGAGGCAAAGCUGGUGACGGCGGGCCGCCCUGUGGUCCUCACCGGGCACUUCAGCCGGCAGGCAGGCAGCCGGUUGGCCUUCUCCGUGUUGCUGAGCAACGUGCUGAGUGACCAGGCCCACCUGUCAGUGCUGCUGGAGAAGAAGGCGGAGGACGGGCUGCAGGUGGUGGUCCUGGGCGGCGAGCUCUCUGUGCCGGGUUUCGUGGGGCUGCGCGUCCUGGGUCUGGUGCAGCAGCGGGGCCGCCUCUGGACCAGCUCCCUGAGGAUCAAGUACGGCCUCCUGGGUCAGGCGAAGCAGCUGGCGCAAGAAUGCAGCACCAGCCAGAAGCUGCGGACGCACAGUGGCUCAGAGGCAGCUUAUGAGCUAGAGCUGGACCACGAGCUCCACUGCACGCAGGCCCCAGCGCUCAGCCACAAGCUUCAGCUCCGGCACGAGGAGGGCUCGGGCCACCUGCACUCCCAGCUGGAGGUGAGCUAUGGGAAGCACUGGAACGAGAGCAGCGGUAAGAGGCAGUUCCGCAUCAGCCAGACCUUCCAGAAUGACUCCGGCCCGGCCCUGAGCAAUUACUUCGUGGAGUUUGCGCUCCAGGUGCCUGAGAGGCAGGUGGAUUACCGUACGCAGCUGUACCACUUGAGCCUUCGGCAGCCCCACGUGGAGAGCAGCACACACCUGAAGGUUCAGGACAACGGACAGCUGCCCUUGGCGGCUGGCUUGCGGUGGAAAGACACCUCUAGAGCUACUCUGUGGAAAUGGGAAGGAGCCUUGAACCUGGAUAGUCCCUGGCUGAUGGUCUCGAUGGCUCACAGGCUGUACUGGCCCCACCGACCCACUUUCCAGGCUGUUCUGGAGCUGACGCUGGGCAAAGCUCGGACCCUCAAGAACCUGGUGAUAAAAGUGGCCUGCAGGCGUCGGGGCCGCGACAGGGAGGGCAAGAUCCACAUCUACACCCCGACUACCACUUACCUCCGGGUGUCCACGGCGAUGGCCUUGGCACAGAGCCUCUUCCGCAGCCGGACUGAAGUAGAAUCAGCAUGGGGUGCGACUUUGAAGAGUGAGAUCCACGCAGAGAACAGCCAGGAGCUUAAGAUACUGCACGGCUGGUUGAAGCGACCCCUGCAGGAGGUGAACUUAACGGCAGCUUACGGGCACAUGGAGCAGCCUCGGAAGACCCACGUGUCACUGGUGGCUCUGGUGACCAGCAUGAGUGGCCGGCCUCAGGGCCUGGAGCUGGAGGGCAAGCUGGAGGAAGUGACACGUGACGGGAGGUUGUACCAGAAGCGGGGGACCUUCCUCCUCAGGCAUCCCUUGCCUCUGCCCAUCCCGCGGAGUCUGCUCCUGCAGGAGACCUUCACGGCGGACAGGCAACACCAGCGAUGCUCCCUGGAAACCAGGCUGGUCCUGAACGGCCGAGAGGAGACCGUGCAGACGAUAGUCCUGGGCUACCAGGCAGGACACCCCUACGUGUGUGUGGGCCUGACCCACCCGUACAGCAGCAAGGCCGUCCCUGGGAACGCGGAGGGUUGUGCUGCUGCUUGGAGUCAGCACGCCGCUAAGAGCAGGGAGGUGGAGGCCACGGUGAAAGUCCACCAGAACGUCGUGCUGCACUUAAGGGGUCUGCACCAUGACAGAUCUCAGGGUGAGGAAGUCUGGCACCGCCUGGCCCUGAACGCAUCUCAUUCCUCCCAGCUGAGGCUCCCCCAGGCCCUGAGUUUGGAUGGGGACGUUGUCUUCAGACGGGGUCCCCCGGGACUGUUUGACUUCAUUGUGGACGCAAGGGCUACCGCCAGCCCCAACGUCCCAUCGCAGGUCUCAGUGCAGCUGAACGGAUCUGACUCCCACUUGGUGUUCCUCUUCCAGCUCAGGCAUCCCCACAGACCCCCAUUUCCUCCAAACUUGCAGGUGCAGGCGACUGCCCGGCGAUACAAAGACCACAGCGUCGGCGGCUCCCUGUCUGUGCACGCCUCCGACCGUGAGCUGCUGCUGCUGGAGACCGACACCAGCCAGGACACCCGGAGAAGCAGCAGGGCCUGGGGCGCCAGUGUCCUCCUCCGCCAGGCAGUCCUCCGCGCCCCCAGGGCUGUUGAGCUGCAGCUGUCCAGCAAGGUGGCCCCAGCCAGGGUUUGGCUGUUGUACAAGGUGCUGGUGGACCAGAGCGCAGCACAGCUUGUCCUCAAGGCUUCCGCGGAGCAGAGGGGAGGCCAGGUCCUGACCCUGCAGAGCCAAGCGCAGCACACGGUGGCUGGCUGGCCAGCUGUGCCCCACCUCCUGACCCUCAAGGGCGUGUGGAAGCAGAAGGAGACAUUCAGAGAGGGUACCAUCAGGGUCACCGCUGACUCAGCUGUGCUGGGUUUCCUCCUGCGGGACAAGCAUGAGAACGCAGGGAACAGCACCAGCAUGCACAGCGUCACCUGCAUCCUUGCCCAGAACGGCACCCGUGCCUUGCCAAGAGAGCUCUGGCUGAGAGGGCGGCUGCAGGCCCAGACGGGGAGCCUGGGGGGCCAGGCCAACCUCCGUGCCGAUGCAGCCAGCCUGGCUCUGGGUGGGGUCUGCGCCUGGGGCCCUGGGCAUGGCCGGCUCUCAGGCAGCCUGAGUCACAACAUCAGCACCCUGAGUGAAGCAGGACUCCCCUCGGAGGCGGAAAUGCUCCUGUCACACACCCACGCGGCUUCCAACCUCUCCACGAGCUUUAUGGCGCGGAGCGCGCAGGCCCAGCUGGACGCAGCGCUUGGCCUGGACGGCCUGGCCCCUGGUGCCCCGGGUCACCUGCUCCAUGCCAGCCUGGCGCACACGGUGCCCGGCCUCAGGCGCUGGGGCCUCCCGUUCUCCGUGGACGGCCGCGGACACUUCCAGAGCGCGGGACACCGUGUGGCGGCUGGGCUGACGGCGAGUGUGGACGGCGAGCAGCUCCACGUGGCCCUGGAGGCGAGGCGACAGCCUGGCCACGGGGGCCUGGCCCUCGAGCUGCACCAUGGCCUCUCAGCGCUCCUGGGCACCGUGCCCGCGCGGCUCCAGGUCAACUGUAGUGGAGACGCUUCGCCUGCCCAGCUGUCAGGGCUCUGCUGGGGGGACUUCGCCCAGCAGCCUCUGGAGGAUCUGGCUGUGUUGUCUUUGAACGGCUCCCUCCUGGUCCACGCCCGCACGGCCAGUCUGGCGGCUCAGAUAUCUUCUGGGGACACCUUCGCCCGGGCCCACGUCCACACAGCCUGCGGCCACCGCCAUAUCCAUCUGGACACCGGCCUCCAGCACGCAUGGCCUCCACUUGAGGCUCUGGGGGUUGCCCCUGACAACCACAUCCAAGUGUCCGUGGCGGGAGACGAACCCGCCGGGGCCGGGCUGGCGGUGGCCCUGGGCCAGUGCGCCCUGACUGCCCGUGGGGACAUCAGCCCCGAGGCCAACAUCACACACGCCAACUGGACCCUGUCACUGGUGAAUCGCUGCCCCUUGCUGGAGGCAACAGGCCUCCCGCAGGCCCUGCACGCCGAGGGCAGCCUGAGCUGGAGCCCUUGUGAGGUCAAUCUGGCCUCAAGCCUUCGAAGUGACCCUGGAGACGCCCACCUGCUGCUGGCCCUCACCUGCGGGCCCCAGACCUUGGUCGUCGGGCGCCUGGCCCACUCCCUGCCCCUGCUGGGCCGCCUGGGUCUGCCGCCCAGCAGCGCCGUCAGCCUGGCCGCCCAGCCCCGGUCCCCUGCCCGCAGCUCCCUGGCCCUCCAGCUGGGGCCGUGCCGGCUGCAGGGCUCGCUGGAGCAGCACGUGGAGAACCAGAGCACGUGGACGCUGGCCGCCGAGCCGGGCUGCCCGCUGCUGGAGGGCCUGGGCCUCCCAGCCCGGACACAGCUCAGCGGCUCUCUGCGCACUGCAGAUGGGGAAGCAGAUGUAUCGGGGUCCCUCGCGUCGGCCGGCCGCACUGCCUCCCUGACCUUGGUGGCCGCCUUGCACCGGUCCGAGGCCACGCUCCGAGUGAAGCUGAGUCACACGCUGCCUGUGCUGCGGGCCGUCCCCCCAGAGGCCCUGCUGACCACCCAGCUUGGGUGGGAGUCCGGGCGCCGGCUGGGUCUGCGGCUGCGGGCGGGGGCCUGUGAGCUGCAGGGCAGUGGGGAGCUGCACCUGGGCCCCAGGCUGCAGUGGCAGGUGCUGGCCCAGAGUUCCUGCGAGGCCCUGCAGGCCCUGGGGGUCCUGGGCCGAGUCAACAGCUCCGGCUACGUCGAAGUGAGUUCUGUGGCUGCGGACGCCCGGGCGCUGGUCGCGGUGGACAACAGCACUUUGCGGGGGCUGCUCACCUUCAAGACUGCCGAGAACCAGCGGGAGGUGGAGGUUUCGCUCACGCACGACCUGCCCCAGCCCGGCCCCUCGGGUCUCCCAGCCCACGUCCUGCUGCACCUGGCCGCCGAGAGGCAGGGGCCCCGCCACAGAGGCACCCUGAGGGUCGGAGUGGACGGCAGACAGGUGUCCGAGGAGCUGACGUUCACUCGGCAGCCAGAGCGCAUCUCCCUGGAGUACACCCUCCAGCACGACGUCCCCAUGCUGCGGACGCUGCGGGUAGAGGACACGCUGGGCCUGCAGGCCGCUGUGGAGCUUCCUGGCCGCGGCUCCAGCUUCGAGCAUUCCGGACGCAUCUUGGUGGGGCCCACCUCCCUGAGCUACUCCGUGAGCUGCUGUCGCCGUGCUGGGCACCUGGAACUCGCUGGCUGGAGCGAACACAACAGCGUGACCCUGCUGCGGGCCGGACUCCCGCGCAAGGCCCGCCUUAGCGCCAGGCUGCAGACGCUCGAGACUCAGAGCGAGGCCAGCAUGGCCCUCCACGGAGGGGAUGGUGGGGUCAGCGUGGACGUGGCAGCGUUGGUGGCCUGGCCGAUGGACGGCACUCUGGAGCUGAUGGUGAAUGCCAGCCACGCGGUACCCGCUCUCCGGGGGCUGGGCCUGCCCUUUGCCAGCCAGCUCGUGUUCCAGAAGCUCUGGGCAGAGGGACAGAUGCACUCUUCCCUGCAGCUGACCUGUGAUUCUCAAGCCAGCCUGGUCCUUGAUGUGCGUGGCCAGAGCCAGGUGCUCAGCAAAGAGCUGCAGCUCUCCGGACGGCACCACCUCCCUGGCCUUCUGGGCCGCUGCCCCCGCACAGCCUCAGCCAAGCUACAGUACUCCGAGCAUGAGGCCGAGAGCGCGAUUUUCGUGGCGGGAGAAGAGCAUCAUUUCCACGUGGGCGCCAGGGUGGUGACCGCGAAGGCCAGUGUCACCAACAUCAUCAGGCUGGCACAGACCUUCCCCCAGUUCAGCACCCUUCCUGGGGAGCUGGUCCUGCAGACCUCGUACGAAAGAGCCCGUGGGACCCGCACCCUGCACCAGACACUUCUGUGGGAUGACCAGGUGGUGACCCUCCACGGGAGCCUCUCUGGGUCCUUCCCCAGACCCCCAGGGAACCUCAGCCUCCAGGUGGAGCUCACGCACCAGCUGCCCCUCUCCCUGCCGCGACACUGCAGUCUCAGCCUGUCCUCCGAGCAUUCACGACGUGGACGCCGGGACCACCUGGCCGUGGGCUGGGAUGGCAAGGACCAGGUGGUGGUCUCCUCCUCUCUGCAGUUGGGGAGGGACAAGCUGGCCGCCCGCCUGGCCCUGGCUCAGCCCUUCAACCUCUCCUGGUCGUGCAUGGAGGCCAGCGGCCUUGCUGAGAGCAGGGGUGGCAAGGAGAGCUGGCAGGUGCAGCUGGCCUUGGACAGAGGGCAGCCCGUGACCUUGCACCUCACCUGGGCUGACAGGUCCUCGGGGUACGAUACCAUCUGGGACGGCUGCCUGGCCGCCUCCCCGGGGCAGUUCCGGGCCACCUGGGGCCUGGGCGCCCUCAGGGCCUGUGGGGCCUUGACACAGACCACGGCCGUGUUCAGCGAGCAGCUCGACCUGUCCUGGGACCGACGCCGGGUGCAGCAGAACCUGACCUAUGAGAGGCACUGGCCGUCCCAGCCAGACCAGAUCCAUGCGGGCGUCGUGCUAGAGCACGUCUUCACUGCCUCCUGCGCCACCCAGAGCUUCCGGGGAGAAGUGGAGACCGACUACAGCCACUGGCUACACCAUUCCCUGCACCUGGGGCUCUGUGACCUGCCCAGGGCGCUCUCGGUCUCUGGGGAGCACACCCUGGGCCACGGUGAGCUUCUGCUUCAAUCCCGCUGUCAGCUGGGCCUUGCCCCGGACCCAGACCAUGGCCUACACCUCAGCCUGACCCUGCGCAACCACAGCAGGCCUCGGACGCCAGACUUCUCCGGGGAGCUGGAGAUCCUCAGCCCCGAGGCUCAGCGGCUCGGCCUCAGGGGCUGGGUUUCCGCCCCGGCUUCUCGGUGUGUGGUCCAGCUGGAGGGAACCGUGAACGAUGGCAACGUGAAAGCGAGGCUGUCGGUGUCCCGGGCCCAGGGCUGCCUCCAGGCCUCUGUGGCCCACGUGGAAGGGAGCCGACAGGAGAGCGUGGUGCUGCGGGCGUGUGCCCACGGGCUGAUGGCUGAGGCCGAGGUGCUGCUCCAGGACAGUGGGCGGCCCGUCCAGCCGCUGGGACGCCUGACCCUGCAGGCUGCCAACCAGAGUGUCCGCCUGGAGGCGCACGGCUGCCCGGGGACCCUGCUGGGCCGCAUGGAGUCUAGUGUGGCAGCUAUUGGGUCCCAAGUGCAAGCCCAGCUGGAGAAGAGGAUGCGAGGCUUGGACGCCUACGUGGAAACGUUCCGGCGCCUGGUGCAGCCGGCGGGACCCCUGGACGGUGUGGCGGGCCCCCUCCUGCAGUUGUCACGUGCGGGGCUGGGAGCCGUGCGGGAAGGUGGCCGGGCCGUGGCCGCCCUGUGGGGCCAGAGCCGGGCCCGGCAGGCGCUGACCCACCACUUGGUGCUCUACCUGGAGAGGCUGCAGGCGGGGCUGGAGCAGCUGCGGAAGGAGGUGGAACGGCCCCUGGCCACGCUGAAGGAGGCUUACCUGGAGGUCACGCUGCGGCCCCUGGACGAGGUGUGGCAGGAGCGGGCCGAGUCCGCCAUGCGGUGGUUGCGGGCCCUGGGGCCCAGGCCCAUCGGGGCCGCCGUGGAGCUGGCCACACGCCAGAUGCUGUCUUGGGCCGAAGCCACUUUGUCACAGGCUCUGAGGAGGCUCUGCAAGCCUUUGCUGGAUGUGUACAGCUUCUCGGCCAGGAACUGCUCGUUGCUGGUGACGCUGCCACUGUUGCCUGCAGGGGACGAGCCCCUGGCUGUGGCCCGGGUGACCGGCUACCUGGUGGAGAAGCUGGUGCUGCCCUUCCACGAGCUGUACGGGACCAACGUGCUGGCCAUGUACUACCGGCUCAAACACCGCCUGCUGCAGAGCCCCCAUGAGUACCAUGCUGUGGUGGCCGGGGCCAGGCACGUGGUGACCUUCGAUGGCCAGGUAUGGAGCCUUGGUGUCCGCUGUGGGAGCCUGCUGCUGGCCAAGGACUUUGCUCACAACACGUUCUCGUUGACGCUGAACCGGGCCGGUUCAGGGCUCACGUCCGUGUCAGUGCAGCUGAACCACACUUCCCUGGUGUUCUACCCCCGCCUGAAGACCUACAGGCUGUACGAGUCCACCGAGCCCAGGCAGAGCUGUCCACACCGAGAUCUGCCCCCUGCCGCGACAAGGAGGGAUGUGCCCAGGGUCAAGCUGGCCAGUGAGGACGGCGUCUCAAUCACCUGUGACAUUCGAGCUGGCCUCUGCAGCGUCACUCUGGGCCUCUGGCUCCACGGCGUGUCUGCCGGGCUCCUGGGCACUAACGACAACGAGGCCGCCAACGAGCUGAUGCUGCCGGACGGCACCCUGGCCCACGGCCUGGAGGAGCUCGGCCUCGCCUGGCAGCUGGGUGGCGACUGUAGGGCCGUGGAGAAAACUCAGGAGUGCUCCCGACAGAGCCCCACCUGCUGGGCCUUCUUCCAGGACCCCCAUUCCUGCCUGGGGAACUGCUUCAGUGUGGUGGACCCCACCCCGUUUCUCAGCCUGUGCUCCCAGGACACCUGUGGCACCCAGGAGCUCUUUCCUGCCUGCAACCUGGCUGCCGCCUACAUCCACCUGUGUGCCCGGGGCUUCGUGCCCCUGGACCCUCCUCCACAGUGUGUUGGAGAGUUUGCCUAAGCCAACACUAGGCUGCCAAAGAUUUCACACCCGUCACCCCCUCAGCUCGGCCAAGAUUCUUGGCUGAACAGAACCAUCACAACGAAAUGCCAGGAGGCACAGAGAUCACACUGGGUCCAGAUACAGCCAAGGGGGGCUCGUCAUCCAUGAUUUCAGAAUCCUUCCAGGGACAAUAAAGUUCACAAUUGGUCUGGA